AUGGCGGUGCUUAAAUCAAAGAGGGAGAUAUUGGAAAGUAAGGGUUCAAGAUGCAGCUCUGGAGCAUCGAAGACGAUGAUCUCUGGACCAAGAGGAAAAACUGCUGCAAGCGAGUCAGCAGUUGGAUCAAUUCCACAAUCGAGGUCCACAGGAUUUCAUGGCAUUGAAUACCCAUUGGAACAGAGUAAGAUGGGCUCGAGCAAGUCAGUUUCAGCCACGGCCUGUCUUUAUCGUCCAUUGGAGCCGACCCAAGAUUAUCAGGAUGGACUAUUUGCAUUGGCGAAAAGGCAAGCUGAAUUCAACCAGAUCUUAGCUCGACAAAAUACCACUCUCACUCUACCACCAGCAGAAAUUCCUACAUAUGAUGGAGAUUAUUUGCGAUGUCAACCACCUGAAUCUAUGGGUGAAUCCGACAUAUUUCAUGGUGCUAAUCAAUAUGAUUUCUCUAUCAUUGUUGAAGGAGGUAAACAGGAAUGCUUCUGGCAGUACGCUGAUCAAAAAGGCAAUUUUUACUUCAACCAUGAGGUUCAAUGGGUAAUGGGAUUACAGAACGACAGAGCUGUCACCGCCACAAUUAAUGCACCCAAUGGAUAUUUGAUAGAAACAUCCAGUGGAACAAGUGGCCAAAUUAACUUCAGAACAACUGAAUCAGGUUUUUAUCAACUUUGCUUGAGCAACUUCUUGUCACAUUUUGGAUCAAAACAGAUCUUUAUCAGUUUUGGAAUUUACUUUGAUGAUUUUGCUGAGAAGGAGGAAACAGUAAAUGUUCAACUGAAUGAUACCGUUUCAGCUAUUCAGGAAACAGCUAUGAAAUUGCAAAACUACGUCUUCCAUAUGUGGAAAUACUAUAAUUUUGCAAGGAUGCAUAAAGGAGCUGAUUACUUUGUCGCGCUGGCACUCAAUAAUUAUGUGUUCUGGUGGUCAUUUUCCCAGAGCGUAAUCAUUGUCUUAUCUGCUGUUGUGCAGCUUUAUUUUCUCAACCAGUUGUUUGUUGUGAAAGCCACCACUGCAAAUGAUAAGCCUAGGUGCUAG